UGCCGUCCAGCUGAUCGCUUUGAUUUCGGUACUAUUGAUUCCCAGGCUGUCUUGUUUCACAAAAUUAGUCAUAUUGGCCGUUUAGCUGUCCUGCGACUGUCCGUAUCCGAAGACAUUUUUGGAUAGGUGAAGACCUAAAUGAGAAAUCACAUUUGCGAAAAGUAUUUUUAUGGUGUUUUAUCGGUACCUAACCUUCUAACAGCAGGCCCCCAAACCGUCCCUGCUCUUACGUAGUAGCUAGCUAGCUAGCUAACGCUAUCUUAGCUAGCCUAGUUUCAGCACAUUAGAGUCAUGGAAGAUACCGGUAGUGAACGCAGCAAACCACCAAGUGUACCACCUCGAUGCCCAUGUGGAUUUUGGGGAUCUACCAAAACCAUGAACCUGUGCUCCAAAUGCUUUGCUGACAUUCAGAAGAAACAGCCAGAUGUUGACUGUUCCUCAAAGCCCAAUCCAGCAUCUGGAAGUAUCCAGUCUUCUGUCCAUAAUAAUGAGGCCAGCAGCAGCAGCAGUACAAGCCAGGCUUUACUGGCAUUAUCCACAAGCCCAGAGGAGUCCAUAGCUAAGGAGGCAAACCUCACCUCACAGGAAGGAGGUCUGUGCACAGACACAUCCAACAACACUCUCAGUACCUCUGCAAAACGGCCCUGUGACUCAGUUGAGGAGUCAGUAAGGAAGAAGGCUCGAGUUGACAGCAGUCCUUCACCAGAGGAGCCACCAGGAGAGCCAAAGCAGAGGACUCGCCGCCGCUGCUACCGCUGUCAGAGCAAGCUCGAGCUGGUGCAGCAGGAGCUGGGUUCCUGCCGCUGUGGAUAUGUUUUCUGCAUGCGCCAUCGUCUACCUGAGCAGCACGACUGCAUGUUUGAUCACCAGGGCCGCGGGCGGCAGGAGGCUGUGAGGAACAUGGUAAAGCUGGAGCGUAAGGUGGGCCGCUCAUGCCAGCGCAUCGGGGAGGAGUGUUCCUGAAAUACAGACAGUUGCCCUCACUGGGGGGGAGGGACACUGCAAGGGGCGGGGUGAGGAACUGGGGGCAAUGAGCCUUGCUUCACAGUAAAAGGCUAAAGCCUGAUCUGAACACGUCCUGAUUCAUGUGCAGGGAAAUUGAGGGUUUGGUAUUGAAAAGGCCACAAACACUCAGCAAUAUGACUGCAGGUGCAGCUGCCCAGAUCUUGGCUGCACUCAUUGUUAAUUGCUAGAAUAUCAGGGAGGGUUUGGUCUGUUCACUCCUGGUUCUCUGCACUGAAUUGAGGCUGAACUGAAGCAACCAGAGCCUGGGAGCAUGAUCAAGGCUGGGUGUUCACUCUUCAAGAGGGUGGAGGGGCUGGCCACAAGCCUCCUCCCUCUCCUCAGCUCCAACCUCUUCAAGGUCAUUUAGUGAAAGUGCAUCGAGUGUGCGUGCGUAAAGGCACGUGUGCGUGUGUUACUUAAGGGGGUUUUGUUGUAUGUUUGUUUUCUGAUAGUGGAUAACAUGGUGGGCUUCAGGAAGAGAUUGAAAUGUUUACUAUACAAACUGGACUCACUGUCAAGUGUGACUUCUAUCUACACCUGUAUGUUUUCGAAAGUUGUCCGUUCACGUUAGACUGCACAGACUAAAGUUUAUUGGACAAGUUAUUCCAACUAUCAUGUGCUUACUGGCCCAAAUUUAUCUGCUUCUGGUCUGAAUUUCAUAAGGUGGCAAUAUUAAAGCUCCUACAGGCAACCAAGAAUAAAUGGGUUUGGAUUAGAAUAAAAAUUCUGGGGGUCGUGAGUUAUUUUCAAAUUAUGACUUUUUUUUCCUCCCCCCCACCCCCCCAAAGCAAGCUUUUAUUUCUGCCUGGGAAGUAAAAUUAAAUGGAAAUGAAUAGUAUACUGUAUCUUAAUCUUUUAUUGAAUUAUAUUUGUUUUACUUGUGUAUAGAGGUGUUUAGUUUGAGUAAUUUCUGUAUUUAUUUCUACAUUUGCUUUUUCCACUCUUCAGUUUGCUUUCACUCUGGUUCUAUAAGAAUGAAUGAAUAAAUAUGACAUGAAUAAUAGUGA